CUGCAACUUUCAACCUUGGCUAUUAAACUUGAAAAAAUUACAAUUGGAAAGUUUUCUUUGAUUUAUAAAAGAAGUCUGUGAUAUUUUCAAAUGACAUUCACAGGCGAUUCAUUGUUCAUUGGAGAAAAGAUAUGCCUACAUAAUACACUCUAUAUAUAUAUCCUGCCCCAUUAUUUUUGUACAGAUAAGCGUGUAUAUAUAAUAAACUCUUAAUUACACUAAACUGAUGUACACUUUUGGAUGCAAUAUGAUUGGUUGAUACAAAUGUAAUUCAUUUAACGUAUCUCACGUAUUUCAACACAGAGAAUAUUUUCAAGAAGGCCUUAAUGGUAUUUGAUUGCAAACAUAACAGAAUGGAAUUACCAAGAAUUUCAUCUAUGUUCCCUGAUUACUACAUUUUAUUUUCAUUCUGUCUUUUAUGAUACCUCUCAUGAUUUGAUAUGUAUUAUUGCGCUUUGCUAUACAAUAUGGAAGAGAUUUUGGAUUUGCUACAGUGUGUUAUAAACACCGGGUAAAGUAAAAAGUGUAUUGUAUGUUCAAACAACUAUUUGUUUCAACAUGACAAAUGAUGUCAAUAUCUAAUUUCAUACAAAGUUGAAAGUAAGACACUGAAAUGAAGUCUUUACAUUCUGUCAUUGGUAUUUUUAAAUAUUUAGUACACUGAUUGUGACAAGUGAACAGUCGAGUUCACAAAAAAAGCAUGUGGAACUGUUAAAAUUGAUGUAAAAGGCUUUUUAAAGAAUUUGGGGAAGCAAGAUCUACGAUUAAAGUCUAGCAGUAAUUCUAUUUUAAACUCAAUAUUUCUAUUCUGUUUAUAAGAUAGUAGCAUUGGAUGUGGACCUGUGAAAGUAGUUUAUACUAAUUGGUGAAAUCAGAACACCUGUUCAUAUUCAGCAUGAAUAUACUAAGGUCAAUAUUUGUUUUUGACAUGCCACGUGUUGUAAUCAUUCGUCAACCAGUAUUGGCAAUGAUACAUCGUUUAAUUCAACUUUUCAUACUUUCAUAUUUCAUUAUUUAUGUGAUGUGGUUAAACAGAGGCUAUCAAUCAUUUGAUAAUCCAGUAAGCGGUGUGGCAGCUAAAGUAAAGGGUAUAGCCUGGAAGCAUGUGCCUAAGCAUCAGAAUCAUGACACUAACGGCAUAAUUGUACUGGAUAGUGCAGACUAUCAAGUACAGCCAUCACCGAAUUCUGCCUUUUACUUGAUAACAAGAAUUAAACACUCUGUUAUACAAAACAUGACAACAUGUAGCGAAGGUGAUCACCUACAUGAUGCAGAGUGCUUAGAAGACUAUCAAUGUCCAGGAGGUUAUCAAGCUGAUCAUCAGAUUUAUGAUUCAGACCGUAUUAAUGAAGAUGAGAUUUUGGUUGUAUCAGAUGAAAGUGCACACGGAAUAUUUACCGGGAAAUGUUUAAAAGAUCGUGGGAAAUGUGAAAUAUUUGGUUGGUGUCCAACUGAAGAUGACUAUGAGCACGAGCUACGCAAAGAACGUAAUGUAAAGAGAGUUCUAACUCAACCAAUAAACAUUUUAGAAGAAUAUUAUGGUUAUUUUACAGAUUUAGAAUUUCUAGAUGCCAAAAAUCGAAUUAACGAACGUACACCACACUCUGCUGAUCCAUUUUUCGAAGUUAUUAAUUUCACAGUUCUUAUUAAGAAUAGCAUAGAAUUUCCUGCUUUCCAAACGAAACGACGUAACAUCUUACCAUGGAUGACAAAAAGUUAUCUGAACGAUUGUUUGUAUAAUCCAGAACAUACAAUUGAUCAGUACUGUCCCAAGUUCCGUAUAGGUGAUAUAUUUAAAUUUGCUGGAAGUAAUGCAAAUCGCAUGUUGAAAUAUGGUGGAGUUAUAGCAGUCACGAUUAAUUGGCAAUGUGAUUUAGAUUGGCCUAUUGAUUACUGCUUACCGCAGUAUGAAUUUUUAGAAUUGGAAAGUGUUCAAAAACCAGAGAAAGUUAAUGGGAAAAAUAAAACUUACCGUCAGAAGGAUAAUCAUGUCAGAUCUUCGUCAUCAGCAUCAAACAAAACUGACAUCCCAGAGAUGACAUUUGAUUACUCUUAUAUGACACGUAAAUUAAAUGGUGAAGAUGACUUUAUCGAUGACGAGGACGAGAUGACUACACUUCUUGAAGGAUUUUCUAUGCGCAUCACUUCAUACUUCGGCUAUGAUACAGAAAUGGUUAAGAAUCGCAAGCGUAUUCUAAUGCAUGUCAAUGGUGUUCAGUUUAUAAUACGUGUUACUGGAAGAGCUGGAAAAUUCAAUCUACUAUCAUUCUCAAUGCGACUUGGUUCUGGUCUAGCAUUGUUAGGCAUAUCAACAAUAGUAACUGAUUUAAUUCUGUUUCAUUUUACAAAUGAUCGUAAACACUAUAAAGAGAUCACUUGUGAUGAUAAAACACUGAAUCGUUUAUUAGCGAUUGCCGCACAAACUAGUCUACCUGAAUCACGUCGUACGCAAAUGAUGCGUAAAAUUCAUGAUUCACAGUUAACUCAAGAAACAGAUGGUGUGCCCAAUAAAAAGAAAAGAUUUAAGAACAUCAAAUAUUUUAAAUGGGGUAAAAAGCAAUCAGGUGGAAGCGUUUUUCCACGGAAUAUGAAUAAAUCAAUAAAAACACCAACUGCUACACAUAUCUCACAUCCUACCAGCAGUGUUAUUAGUACUAAUACUUAUUCUUUGCCUUCUUCCACUACUCCUACUAUAACUAAUACAGAUACUAUUACUGAAAAUGAUAAUACUACUACUAAUAAUAAUAAUUCAGGUUUUACUGAUAACCAAAUAAUAUCUGAUACAACAAUGACUAUUGAGUCGGAUACAGAAAAUGGAAAUACUCCGUAUUAUGAUAAGGAUGAUUAUUUAAAUUCUAAACACAAGUUUUCAUAUGUCGGUGGAGAACAGACGGUUUAGUGAAAUCUAAUUUAUGCAUUCAGUAGUAUGAAUCCAUAAACCUUGACAACAUCUUCAGUAAAAUCUUGUUAAUGCUCAAAGACAUCAGUUUCAAUGAAUGCUGGAAAACAGAUUAAUGGAAUACAACUUAAUGUUGCCUUCUUGCUAAUUACGUAUAAGCACAUCCCAUAAGAUGAUAAAUAAAAAACCUAGCGAAAUUGCAUAUACUCUGUGUUGGGCAAUCAUUUUUGUUUCAAUGGGUAAAUACGAAGCAGUUAAAACAACAAGCCUUCUAACUAGCAGUUCAAAGAAAUAAUCAACAAUUUCUUUCAUGUUACUUAUCAUCAAAAACUGAAGAAGGCGAGUAAAUGUUAGUAAUUUUGUUCAAUCAAAUAUACAUACAUUAAGAGGUUUAUUUAUUUGUUAUAGAAGGAAAUAUUCGAGAUCAUUAUU